UCUUUUGAAUUCAUUUAUUUAUUUAUUUUGUGCUAAUUGGGUAUGAUAAUGAAGAAGUUUGCUUGAAAUAAUUGAUUCCGUUGAUUGAAGAAUUCUUGCUAUGCUAUCCUCUGUUGAUCUCUACUGCGAGAUCAAAAACUGGAGCCAUAUCUGUUUGCAGGUAGCUCAGCGAAGAAGCAAGCAUUUUUGAGUUGUCUGAAAUGUAACUGUUUUGAUAAUAUUUUUACUUUCCGUAAGAACCUCUUUUUUUCUGAUUUUUGCUUUUUUCAUAUGCUUUGUGUGUGUUGGCUUGUUUCCUGACUCCUAAAACAGGCCAUAAGCAACUCAUCAGUUGUAUAUGUAUACUUACAUGUAUGGAUUGCAUUGAUUGCAUCUCUGUCAUAACAAGUUUUCUUCUUUAUGUAACAUGCAUGGAAGACAACUAAACAAAGCUUUUUUUUCCCCUGCAAAUAUACAAUUCGGUUACCCAUUUGUUCAUUUUUUUUUGGGGUAAAAUAAGGUAAUAUGAUGUCCUUCGGUUUAAAUUUUUGUAAAAUAUGUGACUUGAUUUGUGCAAUUUAUUAUGAAAUUGCAUGUUGUCAUGUGUCUGAAAAAUCUCAUCCAAGAACCCCAGACAUGUCAACUGCUUGUAGUUCAACUGACAUUUGAAAUAGGUUUGUCUAACUAGCAUUGGGAAUUUGGAUUCAUCUCCGAGUCUGAGUCAUGUAUCAUGUAUCUGAUGAUCUCAUAAUUAAGCGUUCUUUAGCUGUUUAUCUUCGCCAUGAUAAUAUUCUGAGUGUGAUGCAGAGCCAAGGAGCUUGUUCUUUUUUCCAGUGGGCUGAUUCUGAAGUAAAUACUAUGAUGGAGAGGUGUGUAGGUGGAUGGGAGGGCCACACAUCUCUUCAGUUCAACAAUGUAAAUAACAAAGAAGUCACAGUUGCUUCUGUGAUAGAAAUCGUUGGAAAUAUUGACUCGGAGAAGAAAGAAGACACUUCUGAGAUAGAGGCACCAGUUGUUAUUGCACGUGCAGAGCAAGUUUCAGAAGGUUCAGCUAAUCCGAUAACAGAUGUGGCCCCUCAAGCGAUUGUCCAUGUUGCGGGUGGCACUCAAAAGGAGGAAUCCGGAGACGAGGAUAUUGACUUCUUCUCAAAUGUUAUUCAGGUCGUUCCCAUGCUUCUUGAAGAAGAAGUGGACGAGAUCAUUUCAUCUCCAGGGGCAGCUUCGAAUAUAGAUUUGAGGGUAGCCGAGAUUUUGGACAACCUUCGGUACCUUGCUAAUUACGAGCCAGACUUUGCCUCUGAUGAGAAGUUAUCCUCAAGAUUUUAUAAAGACAUCGAAUACCUUUGUUGAAAUGCAAAAGGGAAACAUGUUGAUCAAAGAGGCCUUGAAGCAAUUACAGAGAUGGUUCGAGACUUCCCUCUCUUCCAAAGUGAUAUCACAGCUGCAAUUAGUUUUUCCUCUCGGCUGGAUGAAAAGCGUUUGAUAGCUGAGCACCAAGACGCCUCCUUAAGCAAGGUUAAGGUUGCCGGCAUGUUAAAAGCGAAGAAAAAGAAGGCCCCUGCUCUUGGAGAAAGCUCAGCUAGAAGCUCGUUUGGCCGAAAUCAAUACUCCUGAACUCGUUCUGCAAUUGGAAGUGGAAGAACUAAUACAACAGGUUCAACUUGAAGUCACCAAGACUGAGAAGGCCAAGGGUGAGGUAGCAGCUGAUGAAGGAAAGAAAGAUAAAUUCGAACUCAAGCGUCGAAUUGCCGAAGAUAGUAUCAAGAAGUUUUUUGAAGUUGUCUUCCCAAGACAAAAUCAACUUCUGAGACUGUGUCCAGGCAAUUCAAUUUGUUGUUCUGGUGAUUAAUUUAAUCAACCCAGUCGGUUAGACCGUUUUCUUUCAAAUCAAGUAUUUGUAAAACAUACCUGUAAAUAUCUUUACCUGUGCUUGGAGCGUAGGUAUUAAUAUCCGGUGAAUCAUUAUCGGUGAAAGUGGGCGGCUUCUUCGGCCGAUUCAAAGCUCUUUCCUGGUUGAUUCUGUAAUGAUUUUGAAUCGGCCAUUGACGAGUACAGAUGUUGGCAGCUCAAAUUUAUUCAUCUACUAUCUCUGAAGCAGUGCGUGCACAGUGCCCUGUGCUGAUUCUCCUCUA